UCUCUCCUUCCCGCCCUGUCUAGCUCAGAUAAUGGAGGCGGCAAAGCGUGUUCUGGUCUAUCUGAAGAAGAAUUCUGUGAUCCAGCGUGCCAAGUUUGCCCAGAGUAUAACAGGAUACUAUUCUGGAGCACACGAGAGGAAGGUGCUUGUACACUGUGGCCUUGACCAUAACAAGUUCGUUAUAUCGGACCGGCCAUUCAGGAAGUCCUGCAGAGUUGAGCUUCGGAGAUUGUCACCCUGUCCUAUCAGUCACUUCAGCUCAUCUCAGGCUGCAGCAUUUCCUGAGAAAGUCCAAGGUAGGGAAAUUGGAGUAGCCAUCACCGUGCUAUUACAAUCCGCCAACCAAAGGGUUCUGCUAAUUAGGAGGUCCAAGACUCUUAGUGUCUUCCCUAAUGCCUGGGUUCCUCCAGGAGGUCAUCUUGAGAUCGGAGAGCAGUUGUUUGAAGCUGGACGCCGGGAGCUGGAGGAGGAAACCAAUUUACAGGUUCAUUCUGGGAAUGUUUCAUGGAGUAUGCUGGGGCUUUGGGAGUCUGUCUAUCCUCCAGCGCUAAGCCAGGGAAUGCCUCAAUUCCACCAUAUUGUAAUGUUUCUUCUGGUUCAUUCCAUCGAGACACAUCAGCAGUUGCACAAAAAGUUGCGUCUGAACGAGCUGGAGGUGAGUGCGUGCCUAUGGGUGGAUCCCUGUCUAGCAGGACGAGUUGUUGGAGAGAAGGAUCUGUCUAUCUUGCCUUCCACGGCCAGCAUCACUGAAGUAAAAGCUGGAGUUUGGAGCCAGAGAUGUCUGGACCUAGGAGCAGUUCUGAGCACGGAGCUGGUUGGCUCUGAAGUUGAGGAACGUUUUAUCAGUGGUACGAAGUACGCCCUGGGACUGUGGCUGAAUACCCUCCGAGGAUAUAGUGCAUGA